AUGUCAUCAGCUGCUAUCGCUAAGAAGACAGAAACCACUGAGCAAACCAAGGAACCAAUUCACAGAAUCAGAAUUACCUUGACUGCUAGAAACGUUAAGUCUCUUGAAAAGGUUUGUGCUGAUUUCGUCAGAGAAGCCAAGAACAAGAAGGUCAAGAGAGUUAAGGGACCAGUCAGAAUGCCAACAAAGAAGUUGAAGAUUACCACCAGAAAGUCACCUUGCGGUGAGGGUACCAACACAUGGGACAAGUUCGAAAUGAGCGUCCACAAGCGUGUCAUUGAUUUGCAUGCUCCUGCUUCCACUGUCAAGGAUAUUACUUCCAUCAACAUGGAACCAAACGUUGAAAUUGAAAUUACUGUCUGCGAUAUGUAA